AUGGAGAGCCUGCAGCGGCAGCAGGCAGCCCGCCUGGCCCGCGGCCCCGACGGCGCUCCCCGACGGCCCUCGGCCGAGCCCGGCCCCAGCCCGCCGCCCGCCGGUCCCCGCCGCCGCCCGGCCUCCGGCCCGCGCCCGCCGCCCGCCGCUCCGGGGGAGGAGGAAGAGGAGGAGGAGGAGGAGGAAGAGGAGGAGGAGGAGGAGGAGGAAGAAGGGGAGACCCGCGACCCGCCGCCGCCCCCACACCACGAGUGGACCUACGAGGAGCAGUUCAAGCAGCUCUACGAACUGGAUGAGGACCCAAAACGCAAGGAGUUCCUGGAUGACCUCUUUGGCUUCAUGCAGAAGAGAGGGACACCAGUGAACCGCAUCCCCAUCAUGGCCAAGCAAGUGCUGGACCUGUACACCCUGUACCGGCUGGUGACAGAAAAGGGUGGCCUGGUCGAAGUCAUCAACAAGAAGAUCUGGCGGGAGAUCACCAAGGGCCUCAACCUACCUACCUCCAUCACCAGCGCUGCCUUCACCCUCCGCACACAAUACAUGAAGUACCUGUAUCCCUACGAAUGUGAGAAGCGGGCACUCAGCUCUCCCGGGGAGCUCCAAGCUGCCAUUGACAGCAACCGCCGGGAGGGACGGAGGCAGACCUUCGGCACAGCACUCUUCAACUACUCGCCAGCCAGCACCCAAACCCUGCUGGGCACCCCCAAAAUGCCUCUGCCAGCUCUCAGCAUCUCCACACACACCUGUGGCCAGCUCAGUCAAGUGCAUGGUGUUAGAAGGUGGGACAGCAUGCUGACGGCAGCAGUGCCAGGGCGCAUCACUAUCCCCGUGGGACUGGCUGGCCACCACCUCACAGCAGCUCAAGCAGCAGCUGCCUCGCAGGCAGUGGUGCUGGAGCAGCUGCGGGAGAAGCUGGAGACAGGGGAGCCCCCGGAGAAGAAGGUGGCCCUGACAGCAGAGGAGCAGCAGCGGCUGGUGCAACACGCACUGCAGCACAACCUCCUGGCUGUGGCCUCCCAGUUCCCUAUGAACGUCAAGAUCUCCAACCGAGAUGACAGACAGGAGACCGCAUUGAACCUGUCCACCAACGGCAUUAGCAGUAUCAACAUGUCAAUAGAAAUAAAUGGAGUUGUCUACACAGGUGUCCUGUUCGCCCGCCGGCCCUCAGCUGCCCCGGCACCUGGUGGAGGGAGCACCCAGACCCGUCUGAACCCCAUGCCUGCCCCAAACCCCCUGCUCCCACCUUCCUCUCACAGCCACACUCCCACCAGCACCUCACUGUAAGGCAGAGGCCUGAGAGCACCCUGAAAGCAGCUGAGGGUGCUCAGGGUGUGGGGGGCUGAGCUGUGGGACCCCGCUGGACCACCACGGUGGGAUGAGGGACCCCAAGGUGCCUCUUGCUCCAAUACUGAGCUGUGUCCAUGCAAGGCCCUGAACACCCAGGUGGGCCCUUUUGUCCCUUGUCCCCAUGCGUGCUCUCUGACACACACACACUUCUUCUUUCCCAAGGCACUACCCCCAGGUGACCCCUGUACAUCUCCUGCUGCCCUGAUGCCUGGGGCACCCCCUGGGACCUGCAUGCUGCAUCCCCUACAUCCUGCAGCCCCUGUACCCACCUCAAUGCACGCACUGCUGCCCCUGUACACACCUCGAUGCAUACACUGCACCCCCAGUGCACACACUGCAUCCCCUUGGUGCCCACAUGAGGUCUCCAUGCACACCCUCCAUGCAAAUGCUGCAGGCACGGUACUCUGCAGCCCCUGUAAACUAUAGCCCCAUAUACACUGCAGCCCCUAUAUAUAUACUGCACCCCCUACCCACUGCAGAUGCCCCUACCCAGUCCUCCUGCGCUGCCUGGGCUUGCUGCCCCUGCCCUGAGACAUCCCCAGGGUGGUGGCAUCUCAGCCCCCCAGGUCCUCAGCUCAGGGGGUGUCACCCUGGUGGGGGCAAAUAAUGGGGAUAUUGGUGGGAAUGGUGGGGGUGGAGCUUAUU